AUGCAAAAAAUUAAAAAGAAAUAUGCCGGUCCCAGGAAUCGAACUUGGGUUUCAUCGGCCACAACGAUGUGUACUGACCACUAUACUAGACCGGCUCUUUCAUGUGUUUUCGGAUUUGAAGCAGUAGGCAUUACUAGCACUUGUUAA